UCCGAGGGAGGCCCGGAUCCUUUCCUUUCCCCUUAAGUGGGCCCACUCUCGGGCAGGGUUAGGGUCGUCUGGUUUUUGUUGCGUAGGAGGUCCGUCCUUCGGUGAUGACCACUGGGCCGGGCGGAAGGGUCCUAGCCCCAGGCGUCGACGAUCCCCCUUCUUCACCCGUCCCGACCCCAGCAGCCUCACUUUUUUUUAAUGGACUUGGGGGAAGGGGUCGUCUUGUUACGUUGCCUUUGCUAUUAACUGGAUGGGAAUUACUGUAACCUGGUUAAUUUUCAGUCCUGUCCCCUCAGUAAACCCGGGCCUCCUGUUAUCUGCAGCCUACAGCAGUAAAAUUCUCCAUCUGCUCAACUCCACGCGCUGAUAUCUCCCUUCUACUCCCAGUUUGCAAGCCUGUCAGUUUAUCUACCAGGUUCUGUCUAUAAACGUUUGCAGACCGUUGCCUUUUAAAAAAACUUUACCAUCUUCUUGAAUGAUGAAGAUUGGUACUGGUCUAUUAUUGUCAGAUGUAUCAAGAUACAGUGGAAAACUCGCCUUUAAUACUGUUCAUACACAGCGCAUUGAUGUAGAAUAAGUUGUAUUCUAGGUCGGUAAAGAUGAAUGCUCGGGUAUUCAUUGGCAGACUGAGCCCGUAUGCCACUGAAAAAAAUGUGGAGAGGUUCUUCAGAGGAUAUGGACGAAUUAAGGAAAUUGAUUUGAAGAAUGGAUUUGGAUUUGUGGAGUUUGAAGAUUACAGAGAUGCAGAGGAUGCUGUUUAUGAACUAGAUGGAAAAGAGUUGUGCAAUGAAAGAGUGACAGUUGAACAUGCCAGAGCACGUAAUAGAGGAGGACGAGGACGAUAUCAAGGUUUUUUUAGCCAAAGCUAUCAAUAUAGUUCUGGAAGAAGUGGACCGCCAGUUCGCACUGAAAACAGAGUUAUUGUUGAGAAUCUAUCUUCCAGAGUUAGCUGGCAGGAUCUGAAAGAUUUUAUGAGGCAGGCUGGAGAAGUUACCUUUGCAGAUGCACACAGGCACAAGAUGAACGAAGGAAUUGUGGAGUUUGCCUCCUAUAGUGAUGUGAAAAAUGCUCUUGAAAAGCUCUCUGGUGCAGAGCUCAAUGGAAGAAGGAUCAGAGUGAUUGAGGAACGUAAACAACGCAGGUCUCGUAGUAGGUCUCGUUCUCGUAGUCGAAGUUCUUCCAGAUCUCACUCCAGGGGCCGCAAGUCCUAUAGUCGUUCCAGGAGCAGGAGCCGGAGCAGGAGUAGGAGCCGCAGCCGCAGCAGGUCCCAUUCUGAUAGUAGAUCACCUGCUCCUGCUAAGGAGCAGGGAGGUCAUUUGUCAAUGACCUCUGGAGACCAUGAAAGGUCACGUACACGAUCACCUUCUGUUGAGAGUACAGAUUAAGCUUGUUGAUGUGGAUCUGAAUGGGUGAAAGUUGAUGCAAAGAAAAAGUCUAAAAAAUGCACAUCUUAAAUUUGUUAACUGAAGUUGUUACAUUUAAUGAGCUGCAUUCAUUUAACUUGUCACUUACAGAAGAAAAUUACUCAUUUACUUUUUAGAUUUCUCUGGCAAUGGAUCCAAUUCCUUUUUUUACUUUUGGUAUUAAAUGUAAUAUGUAAAUUACAUUUUUCUUACGUACUCCUUUUAAAUAAAGAAUGUACAUAGUUA